GUACAAAAAUAUUUAAAUGAUUACUUGGAUUUUCUUCGUUUUAAUUGAAAACUGUGCAUGUUGAAAGGAUGUCUUUGCAACAAAAAUAUCGAUUUCUCUGAAAAAACGGAAGGACAAGUUCCUUUAGCAAUAAUGGACGAAAAUGAUGUUGAUGGGAAAAGUCCUAUGAAACGUGUAGGAUCUACAAGAAAAAUUUUGGAUUUUAACACAAUACAACAGCAAUUUACUGAACAACUGCGAUGUCUCGAUUGCAGAGUUGAAUCGCAAGUGGCAAUAAUACAGGAACUGCAAGAUUUUUAUCGUCGGCGAGGUGAAUUAGAAAUGGAAUACAGCAAAAGCCUUGAUAAAUUAUCUCGAUCUGUACUAUUGAAACAUAAGGAACAAAAACAGAAGCGCAUGAUAUGGCCUUUGUUUUCAACAUUUUCCUGGUGGAAGCAUAUAGUUAACGAAGCACAGCUUUUAUCAAAGGAUCAUGCUGCUCUAUCCGAUUUAUAUGCAGUAAAUAUUGUUUCCAGAUUACAAGCUAUUGCAGAAGAUGUGCAAAGAAUUUAUCAAAAAUGCAGACGAAUUGCAUACGAUAUUCAGGAGGAAAUAUUCAGAAUUUUUCAUGAGCUAUACACUACAAUGAACACAUAUCAAAAAUAUGAGAAUGAUAUCAAAGGGGCGGAAAAUAAAUUGAUGACUGUCGAAGCUCAACAACUUAAAUUAAAGCAGACAAUAUCAAAAGAAAAACUAGACAAUAGUAAAAAAUACAAAUUAAUAGAAAAGGAAGUUCAAAAGAGAAAAAAUAAAUAUAUGGAUAUUAAGCUCAAAGCUCUAAGGGCCAAACUUGAAUAUGAAUUAAACCUUGAAGCUGCAAAUUCAACAAUUCACAAGUACUUUGUUGAGGAUUUAAGUGAUAUUAUAGAUUGCAUGGACUUUGGUUUCGGCUCAAUGAUUUCAAGAACAAUUUUCACUCACAUAUCGGCUGACCAAAAAAGAUCGAAUUUAAUACAAUCGCAAGCUGAAUGCAUGUCACAUUUAGCGCAAUCUGUUGAUACUCGAGCUGAUAAGCAAAAGUUUUUAGAACAACAUCAUACAGCUUUUAUGGUGCCAAAACGUCUUGAUUUACAAAACAAAUUAAAUAACUCAACCACAAUAUCAGAUCUACAGCAAGAGCUAUGUUUGGAUAUGGAACAACGACUUAAAGCGAUUUUGCAAAGAUUAACUUGUUUAAGGAUUGAGGCUGAUGAAAAUUGGAAAACAUUAGAAGUAACGGAAAAUAAACUGUUGGAAAAUAUUGGCGAAAGAAAAUAUAACUGCGGAGAAGGAGCAAAUUUAACAGUUGAACCAACCACAUUCGAUAAUGAAGUUAGAAAUAACGAAAACAAACAAGAAAUAGAAGAUUUUUAUUUAGCAAAAAUACAUGAAUAUUUGAAAGGCACAUCAAGGAUAGCAAGAUUGAAUGCAAAAGCAGACUUUCUUAAAAAAUGCACGGAUUUGUGUACUGAUGAUUCUUUCCGGUCUACUACGUGCAGAGAUUUAUUAGUUUCGAAACGAAAAAGAAUCGGCCAUGUGAACAAAUUCAAGCAAACGAAAUUAUUUGGAGAAUCUUUAGAAGAUUAUUUGGAGAGUUCUGGUGAGGAUGUUCCACUUAUUAUAAGAAGUUGUGUUCGUGUAAUUAAUCUUUACGGUUUACAACAUCAAGGAAUAUUCCGAGUUUCAGGUUCACAAGUUGAAAUAAAUAAUUUUCGAGAGGCAUUUGAAAGAGGCGAAGAUCCUCUCGCUGAUACAAAUGAUGCAUCUGAUAUAAAUUCGGUGGCAGGAGUAUUAAAAUUAUAUUUACGAGAAUUACGUGAACCACUAUUUCCAUUUAUUUAUUUUGAUAAUUUUAUGUCAAUUGCAGAAAUACGUUCGAAAAACGAAAUUGUUGUUGAAAUUAAAAACUAUUUGCAAAGAAUUCCUCGUAAUAUUGUGAUCGUUAUUAGAUUUCUAUUCGCAUUUUUACAUCAUUUAUCUGAAUUUUCCGAUGCCAAUAUGAUGGAUGCUUAUAAUUUGGCAGUUUGUUUUGGUCCAACACUAAUGAGAGUACCUGAAGAUAAAGAUCAAGUACAAUACCAAAAUCAAAUAAAUGAGCUUAUUAAAACAAUGAUUAUAUUCCACAACGAAAUAUUUGCUGAAGACUUAGGUGGUCUUCAAUAUGAAGAUUAUAUAUCACAAGAUCAAACGAUGGAUCCAUAUUCCGAUGAAUCACAACUCGACGUACCGGCUGAAGAUGUAGAUUCUGAAAAAUAUUCGUCAGAAGAUGGUGAUUACUAA